AUGUCACGAAGCAAUUCAUACAUUCAAAGCAUUUUAAAUCAUCUCGCAGACUCUAACGAGCCUGAAUCGAACAACUGCACUGCAGUAUCACCAUGUUUGGUGCAAUCUGGAAUUCCACGAAUACUGACUCCAUUGAAGCUUGGAGGCGAUCAGCCGUUAACUUUAAAUCAUCGCAUUGUAAUGGCAUCCAUGGCCCGUCAUCGUGUCGAGCUAGACGGAACGAUCAAGGCUCAACACGUUGGAGACUAUUACGUGCAGCGAAGCACGCCUGGAGGUCUGAUCUUGUCUGAGGCAACUGCUAUAAGCGCUGAAGGUGUAGUGUCCCUCCGAGCGCCAGGAAUUUAUACGCAAAGUCAUAUCGACGCAUGGAGGACCGUUGUUGCUCGAGUUAAAGAAACCAAUGCCGUGUUCUUCAUGCAAUUAUGGCAUGGUGGAAGAGCGUCUCAUAGUGCUUUCCAACCAGACAAUCAGCUGCCCGUUUCAUCGUCUCCGGUAGCUAUAUCUGGGACCGUUAUGCUGCCAAAGAAGGGGGCCAUACCUUUCGAGACUCCAAGGGAGUUGACGACUGAGGAGGCAUAUGAUCGGGCGAGAGAGUAUGGAAGGGCUGCUCAACGUGCCAAAGAUGCAGGUUUCGACGGAGUCGAGAUUCACGGCGCUAAUGGAUAUUUGGUGGAUCAAUUCUUGCAGUCUACCACAAACCAGCGUACUGAUGAAUAUGGUGGUUCGGUGGAAAACAGAUGCAAAUUUGCAUUACUCUGUGUCGAGGAGUGUAUAAAAGUAUAUGGAUCAUCGCGUGUUGGUAUUAGACUAGCUCCGCAUGGAGCUCAGGCUGGAAUAGCGGAUGCAAACCCGGUGGAAACAUGGACUUGCUUGCUGAGAAUGUUGCUUCCAUACAACCUUGCCUACGUUGUCGAGCCAAAGGACUUCAAUGGGCCCAAUCUAGACCCGUACUUGAAAACAUACCGAAACGGUGGUGGAGUUGUAAUCACUUGUGGUGCUUAUACACCAGCAACUGCUGUUCAACAUGUCGAUACGGAUACAAGUGAUGCCAUCGCAUUUGCUAGACUCUUCAUCUCAAACCCAGAUCUAGUCGAAAGAAUCAAGACUGGAAGGCCCCUGCAACAGUACGAGAGCAGUCUCUUUUACUCGGCACAUUGGAAUGGGUACUCGAACUAUCCAACAUUUAGCACGGACCCAGAAAUGAAGGAAUGGGGUAAAUGGACGUCGUAUAGAGGGACUUCAAGUCCAAGGGCUUCAAUUUAUAAAUCGAAGUGA